AUGGAACCUGGAAAUUCUAUAGUGAAUAUCACCCAUAUUAAUGAUCCUGGUUUUUUGGAUGGUGGUUCAGGAAAGAAGGACCCGACUAUAUACUUGUACUUCGAUAACAAACCAAAUUUGAGAAAAUCAAAGAAUUGGGUGGAAUCAAAUCAUCUGGAUGUAAAG